UCUGUUUAUUUUGAGGACGGUGGGGGAGGCAGAGGAGCUGCAGGACGUCUCACCCCGACACUAAACCCACCAGACCCAGGUGCGCAGCUCCCGGCGUCCACCCGGACACUUGAACCCAGCGCCGCACGGUUUUAUCACCGGCUACCGUUUGUUCUGGCGACUUCCACGGCGCAGCGAGCGGCAUGUAGCUCCGAGAAACACCGGAUACGACAGCCGCUACCAGGAGAAAGACUUCCGCUGAGAAGCCCGGCGGGGGGAAAACUGUUCCGGGCGAUAUUUAUUCGAAAGCGUCGGCAUGUAGCAGCUCAGUGUUCAGACUGUCCGUCAUGAAGAAGCGAGCCAACAAGGUGCGGGAGGAGGAGGAGACCUUGUGCUGCUGUGAGUAUGUGAACAGAUACGGAGAACGCAGUCAUGUAGGUGCCUGCUGCUGUGACUGUGAGGACCUGGAUGACGCUUGUGACAGGUUUCUGAAGAAAGAGCCUCAGAAACCUGAUUCCCUGUCACAGGUGGCAGCAGUCGUCACAGACCGGAUUCGUGUGCCCUGGCUGUGGGGUGGAGCCCGCAAAGUGGAACUGUCCAUCAUCCCUCCUCUAAUUCUCCUUCCUGUCCUGCUUCACCUCGCUGCUCUCCACUUGCUGCUCGGCAUUGUGGUUCUGACAGCUCUGCCCGGCCUGGUGCUGUGGUACUACUACUUCACCCACCGCAAGAAGGGACGGACGCUGUUCUUCCUCAGCCUGGCUCUCUUCUCCCUGGCGUACAUGUACUACUUGUUCAUCACAGAGGUGCUUCCCCGUGGAGAUAUUGGCCCGGUCCAGCUAUCGGUGGUAACUGUAGGGGUCAUCCUCACGCUGGUAGCUCUUGUCCACACCAAGAGAGAACCUGGCAUUGUGCUGCCAAAACAAGAGGUUGUCCACAGCACUGUGACUUAUUACAGCCCUCUGGCAGACAGAGACCCUGCCCUCAGUGGGGGGAGGCAGGACGUGACGAUGACGGCACCUGAUGGGACGGUAUCGGCGGAGCAGUCGGGGGUGGAGCUGAAGGAAAGCAGCCGAAGGAACUGGUGUCCGGUGUGCAGGGUGGUGCGGCCCCCGAGGGCGGGACAUUGUCGGAUCUGUGGUGUCUGCGUGCUGCGUCUCGACCACCACUGUGUCUGGAUAAACAGCUGUGUGGGACAGGCCAACCACCGCAGCUUCCUGCUUACACUCGUCCUCUUCCUGUUGACAUCUCUGUAUGGGAUCAGUCUGGUGCUACAGAGCGUGUGUCCCAGACAACACCUCCUUACUGCCCUUCUGUAUUGCCCGGGGGUCUACAACCAGUACAGCACUGCACUUUGCUUCACCUGUGCCUGGUACAGCAGCAUCGUGACUGGUGGGCUGCUUCACCUGCUGGUGGUGCAGGUCAUCAACGUGAGCUACAAUGUCACCGAGUGCGAGGCACGCAUCGCUUUGCGAGACAAAACAGCUCGCAGCGCCUACUGGGGACUCGUUGUGGACACUGGCGUCUACUCUCGAGGUUUCCUUGGCAACUGGGCCGAGUUCAUGACCAUGGGAGACAAACUGAAUCCUCCCUCUCCCGCCCCAUCAGACCUGGUUGCCUUGGUGGGAGCCAACAAAGAAGAAAAAUUUUAUCUCCUACAGUGACAUUCUCCCAGAGGCCUUACAGUGGAUGGGAGCAGAAAUCAGGCAGAACCUGAGUCACCUUCCGCCCCAGCUUCUCCCGCCGCUCCUCUCUCUCUCUUUCCUUGCGCAGCAGACAUGGAAGCUGCCUCCAGGCCAGGAAACAUCGCAACAACACCCGUCUGAAGUACAGGCAGAUGGAGGGACAGACGGGAACAGAGCAAGUGCGCAAUAAGAAACUGAAUUACAGGGGACCUCUGGGUUCACGACACCUAAUGAGUUUUCAUAUGAUGUUACUUGGGGCUCAUUGACAGUGGCAGGUGGGCGGCCAGUGGGAAUUCAGCAGCAGGCUGUGGCCGUUUAGUCGACCUCACCUUAGAAGGUGAAGUUCAUAAUUCACAUUUUGUGGCAAUGACAGUCAAGUCAUUAAGUCAGCGCCACAGCAAUCAUUAAUUUUGAUCAUAAUUGGAAACAGGAGACCAUUUUGUUUCUAUUAAGCAUAAUGGAAACCAAAUGUAAUUGAUCAUUUAAAAAUAUAUUUUUUUCAGAAAACAAACGGUGCAAAACACUGCUUCAGUGUAAAUUAGAAAAGUUCUCAAUAAAGAAUCCGUCAGUCCACCACUUUGGUCCAGACUGAAAUAUCACCAUCAAACUUUGCACUGACAUUCAGGAUCUCCAAAGGAUGAAUCCUACUGACUUUGGGGAUCCUCUGACUUUUCAUCUAGUGUGAGGCUGACAUUUGUGACUUUUGGGGGAAAUUUCUCAACAACCUUCGGAUGGAUUGCUAUGAAAUUUAAUCCAUUAACUUUAGUUAUGCAUUGUAUUUAGUGCUAAUUAGAAAUCAGCAUCCUGUCACACUAAACUAACACAGUAAACCAUAUACGCCUGUGAAGCAUCAGCAAUUCACUAUUGUCACUGUGAGGAUGUUAAGCAUGAUGAAGUUAGCAUUUAGCACAGAGCACCGCUGUCCCUAACUACAGCCUCACAAAGCUGGUAGCAUAGCAACAGACUCUUAGUCUUGUUAGAACCAUGUAUUACUUGUAGUCACAAAACUAAUCGAGCAUGAGAUAGCCAGGAGGAGAAUUACUUCUGCACAUGCUGUAUGUAUAUUUUCUGUUACCUGGGGUCACAGACCAUGUGGUCCAGAACUAGUCUGCUGCUACUUUAUACCAUGUUGAGCUCUUUCUACCUGAGCAGCUAAACUGCCUCCAUUAAUCAUAAUACAAAGAAACAUUUACAGCUAACAGCAGCUAUGAGGCACUGUAGACAAGGAGAUGAUGGUGUCAUUUUCAAUUCAGUGCACAGGCAGUUGUAAAAAAAAAAAGUAAAGAAAGAAAGAUAAAUAUAUAUGCCAAUGCACCACCAGCUUUCAUAUUUCAUAUUGGUAAAUGUCUAACAACUACUUUUGCAAUGCAUGUUCCAGUGUCUGACCUUUGUUGUAAUCAAACCAAGCAAAUCAAGUUCGUUCAUAGUUAUUAAAGGUCUGAACAGUCUUUAACUUUUUGUAGAAUAGAUCUUAGAAAGGCUUUGCAUUAAAAUUAAUGUUUAUGUCUUAACCCUGUGAGCCCGUACGUAUCAUAUAUGAUACCCACAUUUCUGGGACUCAUUGCAUCACCAU